AUGGUGAUCGCCAGGGACUUCGAAGCGUUCUAUAAGACAGCAAACUACCCCCUGGUGGAUCAAUGUGACAUGCCGCCAGAUAUGCGUGAGGAGGCGGUGGACAUAUGUGUGACAGCCAUCGAAAAGCAUCAGGCGGAUCUUGAGAAAGCAACUCAAGUCAUAAAGGAGUCCCUGGACAAGAAGUUUGGUGGGCCAUGGAACUGUGUCGCUGGCAAUUGUUUUUCCUUUGAAGUUACUUAUGAGUGCAAAACCUUCCUGCAUCUCUACAUUGGAGGAAAGAUGGGCGUCUUGACCUGGAAACUGUGA